GAGGUCCCAGGAGCCACCCGCAGUGCCCCCUCCCUCGGUUAAAGGGCCCGCCCGCACCACCUCUCCGGGCAGCGAGAGGAGACUUGGAGCUUGUUCCCGUGUGUGGCAGGUUCACGCCCCCGCAUCGGAGCCGCCGCCUCUGCAGCUACAGCCGCGAGCGGGGCGGGGGUGGGGGGGGGGACAAGAAAGUGCCUCUCGUCGGGAAACGUGGUUCAGCUUCAUUUAUUUGAAGGACGUUUCGAGGUCCGGUCUUUCUGGGUUGUUUUUUUUUUACACUUUUAAACUUUUUUUUUCUCGAAGGGAGCCCAGGGAAGAUGGAGACGGAUUCGGGAGCGCAAACCACAAAUCAGACACAAACAGAUUCUUUAUCUCCAUCCCCCAAUCCUGUGUCACCUGUGCCUUUGAAUAACCCAACAAGUGCCCCAAGAUUUGGAACAGUGAUUCCUAAUCGUAUCUUUGUGGGAGGAAUUGACUUUAAGACUAAUGAAAAUGACUUAAGGAAAUUUUUUGCCCAGUAUGGGUCUGUGAAAGAAGUGAAGAUUGUAAAUGACAGAGCUGGAGUAUCCAAAGGGUAUGGUUUCAUCACUUUUGAAACACAGGAAGAUGCACAAAAAAUUUUGCAAGAGGCAGAAAAACUUAAUUACAAGGAUAAGAAACUGAAUAUUGGUCCAGCAAUAAGAAAACAACAAGUAGGGAUCCCUCGUUCUAGUAUAAUGCCAGCAGCUGGAACAAUGUACCUGACUACUUCAACUGGCUAUCCUUACACCUAUCAUAAUGGUGUUGCAUAUUUUCAUACUCCUGAGGUAGCUUCUGUCCCACCACCUUGGCCUUCACGAUCUAUAUCUAGUUCCCCUGUGAUGGUAGCUCAACCUGUUUAUCAGCAACCUGCAUAUCAUUAUCAGGCACCCGCACAGUGUCUUCCAGGACAAUGGCAAUGGGGAGUCCCCCAGUCUCCAGCUUCUUCAGCCCCAUUCUUAUAUCUGCAGCCAUCUGAGGUUAUUUAUCAACCAGUAGAAAUUGCCCAAGAUGGUGGGUGUGUCCCUCCUCCUCUCUCUCUAAUGGAAGCUUCAGUUCCAGAGCCUUAUUCUGAUCAUGGAGUUCAAGCAACAUAUCACCAAGUUUAUGCCCAAAGUGCAAUUGCCAUGCCUGCGCCUGUGAUGCAGCCUGAACCAAUUAAAGAACCAAGGUUACAUUCUGUGAGAAGAAGCUUUUCUCAAACUUCAUCUGUGGGACUGAAACCUCGAUAUACCCGAAGCCCUCACUUUCAUCCUAGGAAAGAAUUCAGAGCAGAAGAUUCAAUUCUUACUCCACCUUCUUCUACUGAUUCUGUUAAGUAAAAACUUGGCUAACUAUUAUACCAAACACUACAUAGUUACUAGCUGAAUAUGUGGUUUGGUACUGAGUUUAAUGAAUAUGCCUAAGUUAAAAGUGUCUUUGCUUUUUGUAAAGGGAAUAAAAGGAAUCUUGCAGUUCAUCCCUCAGAACAUUAGAGGUGCAGGAUAAAAAUCAUGGUUUCCUUUAUUAAUUCAUACACAUUUAUGGUAACAGACUUAUCUGAUAAGGAUAACAGAAGCUAUAGCUAAAGACAGCACAUGUCUAGGCUAAAAAGUGAAAAUUCAGUCAUCUGGAUAUUUUGUCUACAUGACUCCAACAUCCAGAUACUUUAGAAACAUCUAGAUUAAAUUUCCCAGUUUUUUCUCCAGAUGUUUUACAUUGUAUAGAUACAUCUAUAGUGUAUGUAAAAUAUAUUAAAGCAGUUAAGACAAACUGUUUGUAAGAUAGGCAAGGCUCAAGAAGGCCAUAACUUGAUAUAGAAAAUGUUUACUCAUUCUCGUUUUAUUUCAGUUUCACUGUAUUUAGUUUUUAUAUAUGUUUUAUCUAAUAUAUUUUAAAUAUUUUUGCUAAAAUGCCUAAUACUUUCCAUUUGUAAUUUGAAUUCUUAUCAAAUACAUGUUUUAAAUAAUUUAUAUUAAGAAUUUUAGUAGUCUGUCAGGUAAGGACCAUUUGUUUUCUUCUAUAUUCCAUGGCCAAAUCUGACAUUAUUCUUAAAAUAUGGUUAAUAAUAUAUGCAUAUUUAUUACUCAUCCUCUUGUCAUUGAUAUAUGAAAUAUAAGUGUUUCCUGGUAUCUCUGCAGGUUUAAACAUUCACUUUAUAUAUAUAUAUAUAUACACAUAUAUAUAUAUAAUAUUGAGAGAGAAUUUAUAUUUAUUCAAAGUAACUCAGCCACCGUUCUUUGCUUUCAUGUCUUAGUUUGUGAGGCUUCUAGUUUAAAAAAAAUAAAUAAGCCUUGAAUUUAAAAAAACACUGAAUUCUGUAUUUAAUCUUUUUAAAAUAGAAGUCAGGAUCAUCUAUUAAUAUGGUAUGGAAGAAUUAUUUUUUUUAAAUGUCAAAAUGACUUAAAAAAUUUUUUUUACAUCAAUUUAGGUACUUCUCAUCAGCUGUCCUUAGAGAAAAUAUUAUCUUCCUCUUAAAGGAAAUUGAGUUCUUAAAGAUUUGGCAGUAUAGCAAAAAUAGUUAUAUAAAUUAGUAUUGUUGAAAUUGUUUUAUUUAAAAUUCAAUCUAGCACUUAAUGGAAUUAUAUUGCAUUAUGUGCUGAAUCAGACAUUCUCAACUAUAUUAUAAUUUUCUGUCCACUCUUAAGACCUAAAGCAUUUUUGCACUUUUGUUGAGUUAGGAAUAAAGAUUCCAUACAAAAAGUUAUUUGUUAUUUUUAUAAAACAAAAAUUCCAAAAGAUGAUUGCCCAAUUAUUGUAAUUUAGGACAGUUUUUUAUCUUCUUUCUGUUAUUACCCCUUUUCUCAUAGGAUGAUAAACUGUCUAUUGAUAUGUAUAAUUUGUUGGGGAUGUCACCUUAAUGUUUUGGGAUUAAUAUACUUUAGUUGAACACUAAAAUUUAGCAAUAUAAGGAAUGUUAGAGCAUAUUUUGGCACAUCCUGAAGCCACUCCAUCUCUGUGUACAUGUUUUCCUUUACUGUAAUUAUUUGUGAAAACAAUAUCCUAUGUAGAAAGUCUUGUGUUCUGAUAUUAGAGCCUUAUUCAAAAUAUCAUGAAACAGUAUAUUUAUUCCAUUUGUCUGGUAUUUUCAGGAUAAGUUUUAGUCCUUUUUCACAAUUCAAACUUAUUCAGUAUUUACCAAGGCAUGUAGGUUCUGAAAAUAUUGUAAAUUAUAGAGGUCCAAUAGUAAUUGUAUUCCAAAAAUAUUUUACAUUUGAAGUAUUUUCUAAUUUCUUAAACAAUUGUGCUGUUAUUUUAAAUAUAUAUCAGGGACGGUAUUAUCUGGAAAAACCCAAAUAUUUCCAUGGAUUCAUUAUUAUUUUCAUUCAGUUUUAUGAGAGUAAUAUAAUACUUUUUUCCUCCAACUGUAUAAAUUUUAAAAGGACUGAGAAACUUUGAAAAUUCAUGAAUGCACACAAAAAAGUAACAAAACAAAUCUUAAAAAAAAAGUCAGCAGAGUAUUUGUUGGAAAAUUGUCAUACUUAAUUUCUGUAAUUUUGCAUUUUAUAAAUGAUGUACCAUAUCCCAGGGUAUCAGAAAGCAACUUUAACUAUUUUACAGAUCAAUGUGUUAGCUUUAUUUUAAGUAGCAGUGCCUUUUUCAUUACAAGUCAUAAUAAAAAUGACCAUAUUAUAUAUAUAUAUAUGUAUACAUAUAUAAUUUUAAGUUAAAGGGACUAACUACUAAUCCUCAUUCUUAGUCCUAAUAUGAUUCAGAAACUAUGAAUUGUAUAUGAAGGAAAGGUUAAAUUAAUAUAUAAAGUAUUGCUACAAAUUAUUCUUUGUGCUUCAAAGAAACCACUUCAGUUUAAAGGACAAAAAAUAAUUUGAAAUACAUUCAUUAGAACUUUAAGGAACUUUUCAAGGUAUUUGGAAUAUAUUUCAACAUUUGUACCAAAUCAAAGAAGUUAAUAAUAAGUAAAGGGAGCAAAACUCUUAUGAAUAGGUAUGGUUCUUGAACAUUAAGAAUUUGGAAUUUUUUUAAAUAGUUAAUAUUUGUUAGAGCUCUACAAUUUAAUAACCUUUUCUGCUUCAUAAAAUUACAUUUAUGCCAAAAAGUAAAUUUAGUCACUACAUUUUGGUUUAAAAAAUAAGUUUUUAUUUUCUUAGAACUAAAUCUUCAUUCUAAUACUUAAAAUCCUGACAAUGCCAUUCCACUAAAAAGCUACCCUUUAACUUUCUAAUGUUGUAUGUAGCUGCAUCUUUUCUUAAGUAUAUGCAUUUUUCUGCCUUUC